UUGUUGAAGCUAAUAAUAUUAAAAUGUCUGUCACAGAAGAAGAUUUACUUUCGUAUAGUAGGUACAACAGAGGUGAGCAGAACAGUUUGACAAAAGAGAAUGCGAAGCUCCCCCCUCCAGUACCUUUGAUUGAUGAAAUUACUAUGGGUCCUAUUGAAAAAUACAUCAAGUUUAAUAAGUUCCCAUGGACUCUUAUGUUCCAUAUUUUGUUACUGCUAUCUACUUUUGCUCAGAUAAUGUUGAUCAUCAGUAGUAUUGCAAUUUACUUCAGGUCACAAGAAACGGUAUGGAGAAGGGUCUUUGGAGAGGAAGUUUUAGAAGACAACCAAGUUGAGUUUCUGCCAGUCUAUAAUUUUUAUACUUUAAGCGACUUGUCAGAACAUAUUAACAAAUCUGUCCAUGCAUAUUUCAACUUGAACCAGCAAUAUUAUACUCAUAUUCUUGACCAUGAUCCUGAGACGGGAGAAUUAGUCGUUCUUCCAGUCCAAUUUGAGUCUUUUUACUUGAGAAGAGAUGGAAGAGAACGCUUUGGGGACAUGAACACUAAUUUUACCAAAGAUUACAUUGGCAUAUGGCAAGAAGACGAGGACUCUAUUGCUCAAUUUCUCAACAAAACGACUCAUUUCAGAUUAAUCUAUGAAAUUGAGCACAAACUUCCGACUGAAGAGCUGUUUAUUCAUGACUGUUUUAGGUGGAAGAUAUAUCAAGACUUUGAUUUCUUCUUCAGGAACCAUGUCGUCCAGAAAAUGAAAUUCUUAUCAUUCCCGUGUGCAUUUGAAGAGGCGUCUAAUUCUAACUUUAUGACUAGGUAUACUUGGCUAAACAUUAUAUCAAUCAUUCUGGCUUGCUGAUCUUUCUUCUUCCAGCUGUAUCAGUUGCAUAAUAUUUACCAAAAGUUUAACCUUAUGAAGCUGAGGUUUUACCAGAAGAAGGAGAAUAGAGAAAGAAAGCUCAGAAGACUCCAGAGUCAGGACCCAGAUCGAGAAAGCGAAGAUCUUAGUGAAGAGAGUAAAGAUGGCAUCAACCGUUCAGAUAGUGAGGACUCUGACAAAUCUCCUGAGCAAAAAUCUAAGAAUAUUGGACUCCAGAGAAGAAGGAAUAUGAAUCUAGAUAGUGUCACCUCUAUCACAGAUGUCUUGCUUGGAACUGGAGAAGACGAUGUACCAGAUUGGUCUGAGUUAGCUUUCUCUGAUAAGAUUAGGCUUUUCGAUAUUUUCAAUAUUGCCAUGAUCAUUAGUAGUCUCUUAAUCUUAAUUGGAUCUGUUUGGAUAAGUGUUGGAGGUAUUGGAGUUUACAGGACUGGGGAAUGGAUUAUCGGCUUUGGAACCUUCUUAUUAUGGAUAUCCUUACCCAAGAAUUACGAAAAUGUUAAAUGCUAUAACAUCAUCAACAAUACUAUGAUUAACUCAUCUUCAAUCCUGACAAAAUCAAUGAUAGGAAUGUUCCCUCUGUUGAUAGGAGUUGGGUUCUUCGGAUAUUGUAUAUUCAUCUCAAAUUCUUGGUUCACUAAUUUGACUUUCAGCUUCCAAACAAUGAAUGCAAUUCUGUAUGCAAACGAAGUGUUUACUAUAAUGCACAGUAUUCAUCAGACAAGUUGGCUUCUCAGCCAAGUCUUUGUAUAUGCUGUCCUGAUUCUGCUGAUCAUCGUUCUUCAAAAUGUCUGGCUGAUCAUCAUUGGUGAUGGAUACAUAAAAUCUAAAUAUUUCCAUAAGAACAAUUGGGUUAAGGCUGGAGAUACUACUUUAUUUAAUGAAAAUGAAGACAAGGAAGAUCCACUAGAAUGCUUUGUGGAGCAUGACAAGCAUGCCGAGAGAUCCACAAGAGCUCUUGUAAAAAUGCUUAAAGCUGACAAGGAGUUCUUGCUUACUGAAUAUUAUGCUUCAAGAGGAAUCAAAUAUAAUCCCCAUAUUUACGAUGUGAGUAAGCAUGAAAAAUCUCCUGAAGAGAUUUGUAGAUUGUUUGAAGCUCAAAUGAACACAGUGGUUGAAGAAUAUGAUAAAGUCGCAAAAAGCAUAGAAAAUGACAUUGCUCUAAGUAAUGAAGAAUCAAAGAAAGAAAAAGAAAUCCUAGUUGGAAAGCUUACUGUUGCUGUAGAAGCUCUGGAAUAUAAAAUGGAAAAAAUAAAUAAAAAUAUGAAGCAUUUUUAA